AUGAUCGGUAUCGCCUGCGGUGGAGCCGACGAGUCGACAACCACCGAUGGAACGACCACCGAGCCUACCGCGGUCGCGGACACCGCCGAAGCUACCGCGGUGGCUGCUCCCGACCCCGGAUCCGAGGCCAAGACUGGCGGCACCCUGCUCAUGUCGGCGUACGCUGACACCCGAGACUGGGACCCGCUGGGAUCCGCCUCGUUGUCCAGCGUGAUUUCCUACUCGCAGAUGUACAACCAGCUGGUCCAGUUCGACUCGGUAGAAACCAGUGAAGUCGUCGGCGACCUGGCCGAAAGCUGGGACGUUAGCGAAGACGGCAAGUCCUACACAUUCCACCUGCGCGAGGGUAUGGAGUGGACUGACGGCAUGCCCAUCACCUCCGCCGACGUUGUUACCACGCUGGCACGUUACGCCAACCCCUGUAACUCCACCGGGCGUUCCGGCCUCUGGCGCAACUACACCGUCAAGAUGGAAGUGGUAGAGCUGGCCGAGAAAGCCGACUGCACCGCCACCAAUCAGGAUGCUGUGCUUAGGGCCCCGGAUGAUCUGACUGUUGAAUUUGAUCUCCAGUUCGCUUCUGGCGCGUUCCUCAAAUUCCUGGCCGUGGACUACGUGAAGGUACUGCCGGCCCACCUGCUCAAUCAGGACAUCAACCUGAACGACGCGCGCACGAUUAUCGAACAUAACGCUACUUCCGGCCCGUUCAUCCUUGAGGAAUAUUCCGAAGGCGACUUUUACAAGGUCAACAAGAACCCCAACUACUUCAAGGACGGCCGUCCGUACGUGGACCGCAUCGAACACUUCAUCAUCACCGACACUGGCACCUUGAUUGCCCGGUUCGAAUCCAAUGGCCUGGACAUGGCCAACGGUGGGUUCACCAACCUGUCGCCCACCCAGUACUUCAAUCUGGUGGAAGGCCACCCCGAAUACAUCGCCCAUCCCAUCGCUGCCGGAACCAACUGGGGGUUGAUGCUCAACAUCAAGAAGCCCGAGUUCCAGGACGUCAUGGUGCGUCAGGCCAUCAACCUGGCAGUUGACCGGCAGGAAAUUGACAAUCUCGUAUUUGUACAACUCUGGCGGCUCCUACUGCCCAUUGAUGGGAUUGGCCCACACCAAUGA